AUGCUACGCACGCUAUCGCCGACAGAGGAACAUGGUGUUGCUCUGGGAUUCAUCUUGAGCGAGCAACGCGAGGUUGCUGCCGCGAUUACAGUGUCACCUGAGGUGACACCGCGGAAGGAGUAUCUGAAGUUACACGUCAGUAAUUACGAAGGCAAAGAAGACACAAGUGCCAACAGUACGUUGAACGUCUUGACGCGGGCCUGUACUGGGUACCAGUACAAGAAGAUGGAGUUGGAGAGCCCUCCGACUGAUACGUCGGAGUUGAUCUCGCUUCCAGUCAUGUGCUGGAAGCGCUUCGCAAAGGACCUGUACGAUGGACGCAUCGAACAGCUAUGCAUUCUUUCGGACUGCAAAAGAAUGACAAGCGAAGCAGAGGAGUUGAGACAACUCUUCGUUGGAAGCGCCACUGAGAGUGAUGAUACGCUCAGUGGCAAGACGAAGCAGGAACGCUUCGACGAGCAGAGUUGCAAGAUCCGGCGAGAGCACAAGGAUGUGCUCUCGGACGAGACUCCCGCGGAAGAAGUGCGCGACGGCUUCGCACUAAACUGCUUCUACAUGAUAUUCGUUCACAGCCGGGCUGUGGACGAGAAGAAGACAUGCGCAUGGAAAUGGACCGCUGCGUGGUCGCAGCGGUUAGAUGCGGCCAAGCUAGGCUAG